AUGGCACCGACUUCAAUCAAGACUAGUCUCCUCCUCAUCGCUCAGCUGAAUCUGGCCUUGGGGUUGGCCUUGGCCCCCCGUGCGGUUACUUGUAACUACGAAACCGCUGCGAGCUCCGGGGAUACCUGCACAUCCUUCGCCGCUGGAUGGGGUCUGACCUUGGCGACCUUUGAGUCCCUUAACCCAACUGCUUCCUGCCCGACUCUCGUGGUUGGUCAGAGCUAUUGCGUGGUUGGCUCGGUUUCAGCCGCUGCCCCGACUACGAGCUCUACGAGCUCUACGUCUUCCACCACCUCUAUGACCUCCACUUCGUCGUCAUCGUCUUCCACUUCUACGGUGUCGAAUAUGACAACCACUCCUUCGUCUACGAGUUUUGAUUCAAGCAGUCAACUACCUCCGACUAAGAAAAUCCGUCGAAGAGCCCCUAGUAAAGCGGAAACGAAAAGGGCCGAAAAUCUAAGGGCAUUUGUCAAAGCGAGAAACAACGGGGGCAGAGUCGGAGAUAUAAUCGAGAUCCCCGAUUCCGAAGACGAGGACGAGCAACCGCCAGAGACGCUGGUUGCGUCGUUGAUCACCCAGACCCCACGUGCAAUUCCGACCGAGAGACCCCCACCGGAGAAUCGAGGAUGGAUUGUCUGGGGAACGCCGUCUCCAGAGCCUGAACGCCCGAUAGAAGGACGGCCAAAUUUGGUACCAGAGCCGGAGAUCCAGCGACUUACUUCAAGCGCAGCCGGUAGCGAGACACAGAAUAAGCGAGAAUGGAUUACAGAAAGUUCGCCGUCGCCUGAGCCAGAGCGCCCGAUGAAACAACCACGCAUUUCAGCAUGGGUGCCCGAACGACCAACCCCGAGCGAAGCCAGCAGUGCUCCUACCCAGGCCAACUGUUUAGGUAGACCGUCAUCUGAACGACUGGUGGAUUGGCUGAAUCACGCACCGGAGCCAGAUGAGGAUAAGCAGCCGUCAGAGGCUUCGACAUGGAUGCUACAGCGUCGCCAGACCUCGGUAGAGUCGAUAGACCUCACAGGCGAGACGGCUAACGACACUGAUAAGGUCCUUGGUCGUUAUCGAGGGCCUCAGCCAGUAAGCAGUAGAGCUAUGACGGAUCGUGGAGGUGGCGUGGAAUCAGGCCACGUACAGGCCUUUAUAGAUGAAUUUUGGGAUUCGUCGCUAGAACUGGCCAGCACGCGGGCCGAGUCUCGGCAAGACUCUCUCUUACGCUCGUCGCGGGCAUCGAGCCCUCCACUUCGACCGGCAAGCUUAGUCGGAAGAUCCCUCGCGGACCAAUUCCGCGACCUCGAAAGACGGGCCGAUCUCAGGCAAGAGGCCAUCACCCGUGAACGGGCCCGUCGCUACGCAGAACAGGAGUCGAGGAUGCCUCUAGCCGACCGCAGUCAGCGCCCCGACCGCACGGAUCCUAGUGAAGUCAAUGGGGCGAGAUUUUCUGACAUAGCUCGAAGGGACGGGGGAGUUCCAGACGGCUCUUUAAGGUCAUUACCCGCGGAUCAAGGUCUUCGCCACGCGGAAGAGCAGAGGAAACUCGAGGAGAUGCGACGGAAGGUGCGAGAGAAUGGUCCCCAGCCGACGAAGAAGCGGAUCCGAGGCAAAGUGGACAUACCGGAUCGUCGUAAAGCAGCAGUGAAAUGGAGUGCAGAAGAGAUUGGGCGAUUAGUCGCCCUUUUCCAGGAACACCUGGGCCAAUGGGCGACGAUGAAGCGUGCCGAUGAGCAGUCCUCGUCGCCUAGACUGACGAUCCGGACCAGUGUGGAUCUAAAGGAUAAGAUGCGCACAUUAAAGAAGUGGUUAUUAAGGAAUGGUUUUGAUGUUCCUGAGAAUAUGGUUGGGAUUAGACUGCGGCAACAUCCUCAAUAUCCACGGACAUCCGCAUAUCCUCUCCGCAAAUUGCGGAUAUGGUAUGUCACGUAA